AAGAUAUCCAGUUCAUAAAAUGGAGACAAACCUAGAUACAUCUGAAUCUGAGGAGUACGAGGAUGACUUGCUUAAAUUGGAGCAGGGUGACAUCCUGUGCUCUAGCACUAACGAUUACAUAGUGCAGGAAUUGUUGGGCAGCGGCUCCUUUGGAAACGUUGUGAAGGGUGUUAUAAGAGCAACCAACGAAAAUGUGGCAAUCAAAAUCUUGAAGGACCACCCACGUGUUGUUAAAUAUGCUAAGGCUGAGGUGGAAAUCCUCUCCCAGCUGAACAAGGAAAACCCAGACGAAUUUAACGUUGUUAAGCACUAUGAAUAUUUCCAACACAACGAUAACAUCUGCCUUGUGUUCGAGAUGUUAGAUAUCAGCCUAUACGACUUUAUUAAGAAACGCAACAAUAGGCCGCUUCCUGUGAGACACAUACGCCCUAUUGUGCAGCAGGUGGGCAAUGCACUGGAUAAACUAAAGAGUCUACAGAUAAUUCAUACCGACUUGAAGCCAGAGAAUAUCAUGUUGGUAAACACGUCCAAGUACCCAUUCAAGAUCAAGGUCAUAGACUUUGGUUGUGCCAUCCAUACAUCCAAGGUUCGAGUUCCAAGUUACAUACAGACAAGAUACUAUAGGUCCCCAGAAAUAAUAUUAGCAUUACCGUUCUCGGAGGCUAUCGACAUGUGGUCUGUGGGGUGUAUCAUGGCAGAGCUUUUUACAGGAUAUCCAUUGUAUCCUGGAUCAUCUGAGUAUGAUCAGAUCCGCUACAUCACUGAGACCCAGGGUUUGCCCCCUGAUAACAUGCUCGAUCGGGGAGCAAAGACCGAGGAUUACUUUCGAAACGACAGCGAAUGUGAGGUUUUAUCAUGGAGUUUAAAGAGUGAAAACCACUACGAAUAUGAGACUGGUAUUAGUCCAGUGGAAACAAGGAGAUAUGUCUUCAGCUCUCUUGAUGAUAUGAGGAAGGUAAUUUUACCAUUAAAGUUGGUGAGCAGUGACACGCUGGUGGAGAUGGGAGACGUAUGGCAGUUUAUUGAUCUGCUGAAGGAAAUGCUUACGAUGGACCCAGACAAGAGAAUAACUCCGAUAGGCCUUCUCAGCCAUCCCUUCAUAACCAUGGCACAUCUCCAGCACUUUGCACGGAGUUCAUACGUAAAUCAUUGCUCCCAGGCCAUGGAGAUAAACAAAGAACAGGAGGUGUGUCCCGAGUCAGAGUCAUCGAAUGAAGAGGAAAAAGAGAAGGAUUACAACGAGAGACUUCUGGAACUUCAAUGUGCAGCUGAAGAUGUAAUGGUUUCUCCAGCUUGUGGGAUGGGGAUCAUUAUUCAUAACUCUAAUUAUAACGUGAACACAGACAUAGAACAGGAGAUGUGGCCUGAUCCUCCAGAAAUGGAGACAGAGUCAUCGAAUGAAGAGGAAAAAGAGAAGGAUUACAACGGGAGACUUCUGGAACUUCAAUGUGCAGCUGAAGAUGUAAUGGUUUCUCCAGCUUGUGGGAUGGGGAUCAUUAUUCAUAACUCUAAUUAUAACGUGAACACAGACAUAGAACAGGUGUGUUUCGAGUCUCCAGAAAUGGAGACAGAGUUAUCGAAUGAAGAGGAAAAAGAGAAGGAUUACAACGGGAGACUUCUGGAACUUCAAUGUGCAGCUGAAGAUGUAAUGGUUUCUCCAGCUUGUGGGAUGGGGAUCAUUAUUCAUAACUCUAAUUAUAACGUGAACACAGACAUAGAACAGGUGUGUUUCGAGUCUCCAGAAAUGGAGACAGAGUCAUCGAAUGAAGAGGAAAAAGAGAAGGAUUACAACGAGAGACUUCUGGAACUUCAAUGUGCAGCUGAAGAUGUAAUGGUUUCUCCAGCUUGUGGGAUGGGGAUCAUUAUUCAUAACUCUAAUUAUAACAUGAACACAGACAUAGAACAGAGCAGCACAUUUCGGGAUUUAUUUUCUCUCUUUAUUUUCUAUGCAAUCAUACAACAGGAGGUGUGGCCUGAUCCUCCAGAAAUGGAGACAGAGUCAUCGAAUGAAGAGGAAAAAGAGAAGGAUUACAACGGGAGACUUCUGGAACUUCAAUGUGCAGCUGAAGAUGUAAUGGUUUCUCCAGCUUGUGGGAUGGGGAUCAUUAUUCAUAACUCUAAUUAUAACGUGAACACAGACCUAGAACAGGUGUGUUUCGAGUCUCCAGAAAUGGAGACAGAGUCAUCGAAUGAAGAGGAAAAAGAGAAGGAUUACAACGAGAGACUUCUGGAACUUGAGGUGUGUCCCGAGUCAGAGUCAUCGAAUGAAGAGGAAAAAGAGAAGGAUUACAACGAGAGACUUCUGGAACUUCAAUGUGCAGCUGAAGAUGUAAUGGUUUCUCCAGCUUGUGGGAUGGGGAUCAUUAUUCAUAACUCUAAUUAUAACGUGAACACAGACAUAGAACAGGAGGUGUGUCCCGAGUCUCCAGAAAUGGAGACAGAGUCAUCGAAUGAAGAGGACAAGAAGGAACAGCUGAUAGAAGAAGAUUCUGAGAAGAAAGAAAAGGAAAAAAAGAAUGAUCGCAACGAGAGACAUCUGGAACUUCAUACAAAUUCUAUCGCACUUGCAAAGCAAAUAGCUAGCCAAACUGAGGCUGAGCCCCUGGGAGCAUGUGAGAGUUCCCCAUCAGCACAGAUCGAGAUCCAAGACCAGCAUGCUCAAGAAGGACCUUUACUGGAAGAGUCAAGCGAAGCAGAAGAGAGCUGUGAAGUAGUUGCGGAGGAUAUGGAACCUGACACCCAGGAAAGACCACCUCAGUGCGGGAAGGAUACAUCGGAUGAAAACGAAAUCGAAAUCCUGAGUGAGUUUGAUGAAGGCGACAAAGUAGAGGAGGAGAAAAAAAAGAAAAAGAGGGGAUCCCGCAUGAGACGGUUGCUACGAGCCUUGUGCUGCUGCUUCCACAGAAAACCAAAGAAAUUGAAGGUGAACACACCUGAGACCUCAGAUGUCAUCAUAUAUCAAGUCCAUGGACUUUGCAAUUCGAGCAGAGAAAGCAGCACAGAGAGCGAAGCCGCAGCUUCCACCCACUCCUCCCUGCCAUCAGAGCGCAGUGCAGGUAUGCUGCGGAAAUGGAAAUGUGUCAACGACCUGUCUCAAAUAGGAAUGUGAAAACAAAAAACCUUCAUAAACAUCAAUAAAAUAUCAAGGCAUUCCAUCAAUGAGAAUC